GGAGUCCAUCCCGUUGCCAAACUGUGCUGGGGGGUAUAUAAAACCUAAAUCCUAGUCGCUGCUCUCAAAUCUCUUUACAAAUCUAGGUUUUUGCAGGCAGCUAACCGGAGAGCUUCAACUACAUCUCAUCUGUCACCAUGGGUCGUAUGCACAGUCGAGGUAAGGGUAUAUCGGCAUCAGCUUUGCCUUACAAGAGGACGCCACCGAGCUGGCUCAAGAUCUCUUCUCAAGAUGUUGAGGAGAACAUCUGCAAAUUUGCCAAGAAAGGUCUGACUCCAUCCCAGAUUGGUGUCAUUCUUCGUGAUUCUCAUGGUAUUGCUCAGGUCAAGAGCGUUACUGGAAAUAAGAUCUUGCGUAUCCUCAAGGCUCAUGGUCUUGCUCCUGAGAUCCCUGAGGAUCUGUAUCACCUCAUCAAGAAGGCUGUUGCAAUCCGCAAGCAUUUGGAGAGAAACAGGAAGGACAAGGAUUCGAAGUUCAGGUUGAUUCUUGUUGAGAGCCGGAUUCACAGGCUUGCUCGCUACUAUAAGAAGACAAAGAAGCUUCCUCCUGUCUGGAAAUAUGAGUCUACGACUGCCAGCACUCUCGUGGCGUAGUCUGGGGUUUAGAAUAUUGCAAUUUUGAGUCUUUGUGUUAUGGUCUGGACAUUCUGAACGAUCAAGGUGUUGUUACCUUUUCCCUUUUACAGUAUGGAUGUGUACCUUAUUCACAGCUUUUGAAAGAUUAACGUCGAGAUUUAAUUAGUAAUUCACUUUUUAGUGGUUGUCCUC